AUGAGAACAGCACUAUUAUUUCACUUUACGCUUAUCCUCUUGUUUACGACUGCUCUUUUUCUACCGACUGCUCCUGCCCAAGAUUACACCCGAUGGCAUCUCCCUGAGGGGGCUAUAGUGCGCUUUGAGAAAGGUGGAAUUGGCGAUUUCGCGUAUCUUCCAGAUGGAAAUCGGAUCGCCAUUCAGAGUUCAAUCGGUCUCUGGAUAUAUGACACCCGGACAGGAGAGGAACUGGAUCUAUUCACAGACUUGGGAACGAAAUUGAGGUGGAAUCUCAUGGUUCUCAGUCCGGACGGCAGGACGCUUGCUGCUGCAACUGAUUAUGAAGUAGUCUUAUGGGAUCUACAAGCUAACAAACUAAAUAAAUUACUUAUCGGACACAAAGACAGGAUCUAUUCGUUGGCGUUCAGUCCGACUGGAGAGAUACUCGCUGGUGGAAGCCGGGACACCACAGUUCGACUAUGGGAUGUUAACACCGGUGAGUUGAAACAAACCUUCGUAGGACACACCGAUAUGAUCCGUCUGGUCGCGUAUUCAAAUGAUGGAAAGACGCUGGCGUGCGUUAGUUGGAAGGACAAUACAAUUCUUAUUUGGGAUGUGGAUACUGAAGAACUCCUAAAAGCCAUUACUGGACACACCGAGCGCAUCAAUAGUAUCGUAUAUGCUCCUGAUAGUCGGACACUUGCAAGUGGAGGACGGGAUUCCAAGAUUCGUAUUUGGGAUGUUGGCACUGGAAAACUCCUGAAAACCUUUAUUGGACAUACAGAUCGUAUCCGUUCUAUGAUCUAUUCGCGGGAUGGCGCGACACUUGUGAGCGGAAGUUCGGAUGAUACAAUCCGUAUGUGGGACAUCCGCUCCGGUGAGACCCUAAAAGUUCUGAAGGGGCAUACAAACGACGUUGAUUCUUUGAUGUAUUCACCAGAUGGAGAAACCCUUGUCAGUAGUGGAGACGACGGGACGCUCCGCUUUUGGAAUGUCCGCACCGGGGAACUCCUGAAAACCUUUACUGCACAUGGAUUUGGAGCGAGGUCACUGGCUUUUUCACCAGAUGGCAGUACACUCGCUAUUGGAAAAACAGACAGGACAAUUUUGUUACGAGAUCUACAGAGCGGACAAAUAGUGAAGACUUUUGCUGGACAUACAAACCGUAUGCUUUCGGUGACUUUUUCACCGGAUGGCAGCACACUCGCAAGUGGGAGUUGGGAUGGCAAAAUCCGUUUUUGGGAUGUCCACACGAGCAAACUCCUUAAGACCAUUACUGGACACACGAAAGGAGUGCAUUCUAUCGCCUAUACACCGGAUGGUAAGUCCCUUGUGAGUGGGAGUUGGGACAAUACAAUCAAUUUGUGGUAUGUUGACACCGGACAUCUCCUGCAAACGAUCACCGGGAAUACAACGGAAUCCGAUUCAAGCAUCGGGGUCAGAGCCAUUGCGCUCAACCCUGAUGGACAAACGCUGGCUGUGGCAACUGACGAAGAGGAAAUCCGGUUAUGGGAUAUACCCACGGCCGAAGUCAAAACAACCCUCACGGGACAUACGCAUAGAGUUGCUGCUAUCGUAUUCUCUCCAGAUGGCACCAUGUUUGCAAGUGGUGGUGAAGGCAGGGGCAUCUGUUUGUGGAAUGUGCACACUGGGAACUUUACUACGGACUAUUGUAAAAGGCAAGAGCGGCGAUCUAUGGUAUCGCCUUCAGUCCAGACGGACAAAUAA